UGUUUGUGAUCUUGACAAGACUUCAAGAUGGCUGACUUCAAGAGCGAUGCUGUGCCGGGCCUGGACCUCGCUAGCGGCUCCCAGGUUAUUAGAGAAGAAAGAGACCCCGGUGCAGACUUUUGGCAGCAAGUGAUUCCAAAAGUUGAAACUGACGACAAAGACACAGGUAGCACAAACGGUGAUGUAAAGGAGAACCAGAACACGCCCCACGAGAACGUGCAGCCAGACAUCACCAUGCUUGACACAGACACCAUCUCCCUCAAACGGCCUCUGGAAGAGGACAUCUUCUCCCCACCCAAGCGGCCCAAGAAGAAGCGGAAAAAGUCCCUCGGCCCUGCCCUCCCCAAAAAUGCCCUGAUGCAGCUGAAUGAGCUGCGGCCGGGACUGCAGUUCAAGUUUGUGUCUCAGAGCGGCCCCGUACACGCCCCCGAGUUCAUCAUGUCGGUCGAGGUGAACGGCCAGACGUUUGAAGGCAGGGGCGGUACAAAGAAGAAGGCAAAGCUCCACGCAGCAGAGCAGGCCCUGAGGUCCUUUGUACAGUUUCCAAACGCGUCGGAGGCCUACCAGGCCAUGGGACGCAAACCUGCCCCCACCAACACUGACUUCACGUCAGACCACGCAGACUCAGACACUCUCUUCAACGCGUUUGAACAGAAACCCAACGAACCCCAGGCAUACUCCCCCGACCGCCCUACAGACGAAGCCACUCCACUGAACGGUGCAGACCUCCCUCCCUCCGCUGCUAUGCACAGUCCGUACGGUAGCGCAUACACACCACCCGGCGGGAAGAACCCCGUCAUGAUCCUGAACGAGCUCAGACCGGGGCUGAAGUAUGAGUUCGUGUCGGAAACCGGGGAGAGCCACGCCAAGAACUUUGUCAUGGCUGUGACGAUAGACGGGCAGACUUUCGAGGGCUCCGGGAGGAAUAAGAAACUGGCCAAGGCACGAGCGGCACAAGCAGCGCUGCAGAAGAUCUUCAACUACCAGUUCACCCCCUCCCCCGGCAAACAACCCAUCAUGAGCUCCGAGGGGGUCCCCAUUCACCAGACACAGGCCCUGGCAGACCAUAUAUCCCGGCUGAUCCUUGACAAGUUCAGUGAGCUGACCAAUGGCUUCACCUCCCCCCACGCUCGCCGUAAGGUGCUAGCAGGGAUGGUGAUGACUAAAGGCACAGACGUGGAGACAGCCGAUGCCAGGGUCAUCUCCCUCGCUACUGGCACCAAGUGUAUCAACGGUGAGUACAUGAGCGACCAGGGCAUGGCGCUCAACGACUGUCACGCCGAGAUCGUGUCCCGACGGUCACUCCUACGUUACCUGUACUCCCAGCUGGAGCUGCUUCUGGACGCUGACGAGGAGAAGAGGGAGGAGAGCGUGUUUGAGCCUAAGGAAGACGGGAAGGGGUACCGGCUGAAGGAGAACAUCCAGUUUCAUCUCUACAUCAGCACAUCGCCCUGCGGCGACGCCAGGAUAUUCAGCCCCCACGAGACGGCCACCGACGCCGAGGCCGCCGACCGCCAUCCCAACCGUAAGGCACGCGGGCAGCUCAGGACGAAGAUCGAGUCCGGGGAGGGCACGAUCCCGGUCAAGUCGUCCAGCUCCAUCCAGACGUGGGACGGGGUGCUGCAGGGGGAGCGGCUCCUCACCAUGUCCUGCAGCGACAAGAUCGCCCGCUGGAACGUGCUGGGCAUCCAGGGGGCGCUGCUGAGCUACUUUGUGGAACCGAUCUACCUCAGCAGCAUCAUCCUGGGCAGCCUGUACCACGGCGACCACCUCUCCCGCGCCGUCUACCAGCGCCUGGGCGAGCUGGAGCAGCUCCCGCCUCAGUACCACCUCAACCGCCCCCUGCUGAGCGGCAUCAGUAACGCAGAGAGCCGACAGCCGGGGAAGGCGCCCAACUUCAGCGUCAACUGGACGGUGUCGGACGCGGAGCUGGAAGUGGUGAACGCCAUGACGGGGAAGGACGACCACGGCAGGGCGUCACGCUGCAGCAAAUACUACUUCUUCCAGUGCUGGAACAAGCUGUUCGGGAAGCUGUCUUCGACGACUGGCAGGCACGACAGCGACACGCCCCGCCAGUAUUCCGAAGCAAAGCUCCUGAACGGCGACUACCAGGCAGCCAAGCAGGAGAUGGUGAAGGCGUUUCAACGAGCUGGCCUGGGACUGUGGGUGAACAAACCCAUCGAACAGGACCAGUUUGAACUACACGAGAUGUGAGGCAAUGCCGGAAACCUGCAACCUGGUAGGGGAGGGGUCAAAAACAUGAAAAUUUCAAACAAAACUACACAGGAAACCACUUCAACUUGUGGAAUACUUUCUUGCGACUUUUCUGAACACUUCGUUGAGUUAGUUGCUCUCUGAUGUUGCCAACACAGAAUAGUAAUAGGAGAUUCACAGAUAUCUAGCUGAUUGUGAAAACAUCAACUCUUCUUCCAUGUUUCAUACUGUAGCAUUUAUAAGGAUGCGCGUUGUACAAUUAUUUCAUCUCAUUAACGUUCAGUCAUUUAAGACUGAAAUCUUUCCAAGGCAGUAGUUCUAGUGGUUUGAGACUAAGGCUAGGGAUGUAGACUUCUUUUAUUACUUUUGCGGUUAGUAGUUUUGUUGCUUGGUAUUUUAGUUUAUUUUCAAUGCUAAUACAUUCAGUAUUUGAUGUUUUUGUGUUGCUCAUCUUUUUUUAAUUCCACUUCCUGGACCAAUGAAGAAGUGGGUAAGAAUUAGUUCCAUUGUUUUUAUGGUCCAAGUUUGAACAAAGCAAUUUUCUGUGCCAGUUUUUUCACAGUUCGAUUUGUUUUUGAUCCAAGUAUAUGAAAUUUACAGCUAUUCUUGUUGUUGUUGUGGACCAAUGUGCAAACGUAUGAUAUGUUGUGAUGAUUAUUGUUAUGAAGUCAUAUAAUAAGUAGGGGAUAUCCACCCAACCAAGUAAUUUAAGAUGUAAUGUACUAAUGAAUACUGGUUGCUGUGUACAGUGCAGUGACUGUGCUUACUACUUCAUAACAUGUUGACUUUAUUUCUUUGCGGUGCAACCAGUUUAGCUUGUCUUGAUAUUUAAAUCCAUGCAGCAGUGGUAACAGUUUGCCUCUGCUCUCCAGUGCUGGAUGUGGUAGAGAUGCCACCUAGCAGAAUUCUGUAGAACUGUACCUCACCAUUUUCAAGUGCCCCAGAUCUAUCAUCAUUUCAUUGACAUUUCAACCAUCAAGUGUAGCAUUGUACACACUAAGGCAAGACUGGAAGAAAAAUAUUUUACGUAUUAUUUUAUUUUGUAUGUUAUUUUAAUUUGUCAUAGAGUGCGGUAAGCUGGAAUAGAAAGACUUUAAGUAUAGAGUUGAGACCUUCUCCACUAUGGGUGAAGCAUAGAAGUAAAUGGUUAUAAUAAUUAACAAUUAUGAAAACUACAGUCACAGUUGUAGGGGCAUCUGUUUUGAAGUGUUUUAAUUAAUGUAGUAUUUCAGAUUAUCAGUAUUGUUUCUUCUCACAGUCAGACAUUAGGAGAAAGAAAACAAGGUCCAGAUCUAGAAGACGUAAGAUUGGCUCCCCCAGAGCAAGGCCCAGAGUAAAAAUUUUCUUUUAGUUUUCUUUCUAGAAAUUUUGGCAUGACAUUACUGUUUCACACAUUCUAAGAACAUUGUAUGAAGCAGUAUUGGUGGUCUAGAAGUUCUACUGCAGUUUCCCCUACAAUUGUACAUCAACUGCUCAUUAUUGACGAUAUUGUAAAAUUUGCUGCACAUUUGUGUCUUUCUAUGGUCCUAACAAAUUUUAGAUGAACUUAAGUGACUGAUGUAUGAUGGAAGCAGGGCAAACGGUGUACAAAGUUGUUACGAACUGCUGUCAAUCUGGUAGGAGCUCUGUGAUUGGUGGAAAGGAGCUAUACAAGCCAAUCAAGUGUUUCUACAUAGAUUAGCACAAGGUUCUGUUUGUCAUGAUUCAUGGACCUUGCAAAGUUGAAUAUUGAAGAAUUCUGAGAAAUUUGCAAUAUUGAUGAACAAGUUCCUGGUUUUGAUUGAAGUCCUUCAACAAAGUCUGCAUUGUGAAGUUUGUUGUUGAGUUUUGAAAACGUUUGCAGAGUCCAUGAUUUUUGACUGUUUGAGCCCAAGUAAUCUGGUGCCAGAUUCCUGUUGUAGUCAGGGAUCCUCUGUAAUUAUAAUCUGUAUAAGUGCAUAGUGGGAAAAAUACUGCAGUUUGCUAGAAACAUCAAGUCUCCUGUUGUUUUUCUGAGUCCAGUGUGGUAUGCAUUUAUUCAUUCAGUGAUCCUUUCUUUCUACUAUCUUUACUUAUGGAAAGAUUUGCUAGUUUUUCUACAUAUAGAUUACGACAUUCAUGACAUUUCUAGGGUACAUUCAUUCAUUGCUGUCUUUGAUAGAAAACUCCAAGCAUUUUUUGUGAUGGAUGGAAUUCCCUAGAUAUAGAUUGAACUUAGGAAAUAAGUCUUAAGUGCGGUUUGGCAGUUUUCCAUGAAUCCAUGUUUCUACUUGAUUGCAGUUCCAACAGUUUCCAACAGGUGGCUACUGUGGUCUCUAUAAUUAGAAGCUAAACAAAUUACAGUAUAUCCUCCCAGUACAACUGGCUGUCAGAAUUUCACCUAACUAUUCCAUCCAACUACCUGUAUUUUCUUGCAGUUCAGCAUUGAAAUGGUUAAAGGAAGUGAUUACUUUUAAACCAUGUAUUGAUACCUUGUGAUGAUCGACUCGGAAAAUGUCUGGCACCGUGUAUUGCACUUUGUACUAGAGUAGGACAUAACCUUUUUAUAACAGUUUAACUCACUCACUCACUAUCCAGGCUUUGAUUAUACUGCUGCAGGGGUCCCUUACACAGGGUUAGGCAGCAGUCAGCUAACUCAACCACAGAAAACAUCAUCCAGUCAUUCUCAUGACCACCUAUCAGACUACAUCAUUUCACAUACAUUCGGAACGUUUCUGAAAAUUUUACAACCAUAUAACUUCACAGAGCAAGAAAACUAACCAUCAGCCACUGCUCAUUCUUAGCCACUUUCACAUCUUGAUGUCACCAUCCCUUUCCUUGUAAUUACUGGUGUCUAUAGACCCGAGAAAGAAACUAGAGCCAGCUAACUUUUUGAACCAACUACAUGUCCUAAUGGUCUCCACAUGUAAAUACAGCUUUUGGAGUUAUUUGCACAUUUCAACUGGAUUCUAAUCUAAGCAUUGUAAUCUUUGAUGUGCAAAUUCUGAAGUGCAGAGAGGCAUUUCUUGUGCUCAGAAUUUCAAUCAGUUCCUACAUUUCAUCUGCAUUAGUCAAACUAACAACUACUAUCCUUGACAUUGUAGUGCUGUGUAACCUUUGACCUGUGAUCUAUGACCUGUACUUGACCUAUAAGCUGUAGUUUGUAUAUUUUUAGCAGAGUACAGAAUAUUUGUACUUAACAGUAACAACGUUACCUGUACAAACUGAAGAUGAUCUAAUGGUGCCCUAACUUUCACUCAUGUGCGACAGUGCCCUAUGAUAAGUACUAACAAUUUAAAAUGGAAAGUAGUUAUAUGAUAAGGAUGAAGUCUUGUUGAAGACUAGAUAUGUAUCUGCUGCAUAGGAAACUCUGUAAUUCCUGUAUAGUUUAGCUGAUUUCCUCCUUGUCACAAAAACUGGCUAUGAUCUUUACAGGCAAUAAAU